CUAAAAUAUCUCAAAUACUAUGCAGAGAAGGUGCUUCAUUGUCCCACACCCAGCAAGUGAGACCAGCCAGUAACAUGGUUUACUCUGCAGGUUGCUUACUUAAAAAUGCAACAGUUACCCUAUUUUAUGCUCAUUGUGUUUUCACCAGCAUUUUAAAUCACUCCCAGCCAGGGUGGAUGCCUCAGACAGGUUUACUGGAAAUUUUCACUUGCAACUCUGAGGUUCUGUUUUAAAUUAAACCGUUUCAAGGGAGUUCAAUUUUUUUCCCCAGACCAGCUUAUUUUUUUAAGUAAGCAGCCUUCUAAGUUGAGAGAUGAUUUUAAAUUUCAGAUUUUAUCAUGUGGGCAACCUGCUGCAACUGGUUUUGCCUGGAUGGACAGCCUGAGGAGGCCCCACCACCCCAGGGAGCCAGGACACAGGCCUAUUCCAACCCUGGCUACAGCUCCUUCCCUUCUCCAUCAGGCUCAGAACCAAGCUGCAAGGCCUGUGGGGCCCACUUUGCGAACAUGGCCAGGAAGCAGACCUGCUUGGACUGUAAGAAAAAUUUCUGCAUGAUCUGUUCGAGCCAAGUGGGGAAUGGGCCCCGUCUCUGCCUUCUCUGCCAACGAUUCCGAGCCACGGCCUUUCAGCGAGAAGAGCUCAUGAAGAUGAAGGUGAAGGACCUGCGGGACUAUCUGAGCCUCCAUGACAUCUCUACAGACAUGUGCCGGGAGAAAGAGGAGCUGGUGCUCUUGGUGCUUGGCCAGCAGCCCGUCACCUCCCAGGAGGGCAGGACUCGUGCCCCCACCUUGUCCCCAGACUUCCCCGAGCAGCAGGCCUUCCUGACCCAGCCGCACACCAGCACAGCGCCUCCUACCUCACCCAGCCUCUCCGCCUCCUCACCGGCACAGGCCACCUCUGUUCCCCUGGCCCGGGCUCAGGAGAAUCAGCAGGCCAAUGGCCAUGUGUCUCAGGACCAAGAGGAACCCGUCUACCUGGAGAGCACGGCCAGAGCACCUGCUGAGGAUGAGACCCAGUCUGUCGACUCAGAGGAUAAUUUCGUCCCGGGCCGGAGGGCUUCUCUCUCUGAUCUGACUGACCUCGAGGACAUUGAAGGCCUGACUGUGCGGCAGCUGAAGGAGAUCCUGGCUCGCAACUUCGUCAAUUACAAGGGCUGCUGUGAGAAGUGGGAGCUGAUGGAGCGGGUGACGCGGCUGUACAAGGAUCAGAAAGGACUCCAGCACCUGGUGUGUGGUGCUGAAGACCAAAACGGGGGAGCAGUACCACCUACCCUGGAGGAUAACUUGUGUAGGAUCUGCAUGGACUCACCCAUUGACUGUGUUCUGCUGGAGUGUGGCCACAUGGUAACCUGUACCAAGUGUGGCAAGCGCAUGAAUGAAUGUCCCAUCUGUCGGCAGUACGUGAUCCGAGCUGUGCACGUCUUCCGAUCCUGAGGGCUCAUUCCAGCUUCUUCAGUGCCUUACAGAGACAGAGCUCAAAGGUGCCUGGGCUCACCUUGGCGAGCUUGCAAAAGGGCAAGCUAACAAGAAAAUGUGGUGUCCCCAAGACCAAGGCAAGCAAAACUGCCAUGUCAUCUCUGGGUAUGCCUGUUUUGCCACCAGAGGUGCAUUUGUUGGCUGUCAGUCAAGGCCAGUAGAAACUGGUACAGAUCACAUUGGGAAGUCCCUGUUUCAGUGGUCUUGGGGUGGUGAUAGUAAUUAAUGAAGAGGACUUUCCAGAACUUGAAGUGUAUCUUCCUUUCUCCAAGAACCUAGCGUUUCAUCCUUCCACCUGCAACCCAAUACCUUGAGCUACUUGCCGCUUAUGUCCCACCAAUCAGAAGUCUUGGUAGAAAUAAUUCUUUCUCCCUAGCACAUCUGGAUUUCUGGUCUCUUUCUGUGCUUUAAUCUACUUUGCUAAAGGUAGAGUGCUAGAUUGCCUAAAAAUUCCGUUUUCUUUCCCAGACCAAAAAGAUGUUUACCAGACCAACAGUGGCCCUUUUUCGGACAGAAUUUGGACCAGUAAACUUAUCUCUGGUGAGAAACACAAAUGCUAUUGGAAAAUUUCAAAAUCAUAAGAGUUGCUUCCUUAAGUGCUAGGAUUAGAAGCCGUCAGUCCCCUUACCUGCUCCCGCGAGCCAACAAAGCAUCUGGCUCUUAAACUGCUAAGAAAUUCUAGUCUGGGCAAGAAAUGACGUAUGCAUGGAUCAUCUCAGCUGCUGCUUCUCUUGGGGCUCAAUUUUGUACCAUUUAAUUGACAAGGGUGAGAGUAGAAGGUGAAAGCAGUGACUUAAGACUUCUCCAACAUUUUCCCCUGAGAAUGAAGUGCCACCUUUCCUGUGGAGGUUUUAAACUUGGUCUCAUUGAAGGCAUAUUUAAGCAGAAAGUCUUGCUUUUCUCUAGCCAGUCUUCUCAUGAAGUUCCUGUAGACCAAACAUGUAAGUAAAGCACCUGAAAGAUCUCAGAAGGUGCUGAAUAAGGCUGGAUUCAACCCUUGAGCAUACAGCUAGAAGUCUUAAUUCCACAGGAUGGUGAGGACUCCCUUCUCUAAUUUCCUUUCUCAGCCUACCUUUUGGGGAGGUCAAGAAGCAUUCUUUAGGUCCAUUAAGGAUCAUGUGAUAUAAUGAGUAGGUGCCGGUCUUAGCAUCUUGACACACCACUGGAGGAGCCAAAGAGCUUAAGAAAGUUGGUUGAAGCAGCUUAGCCAAGCACAACUAUACAUGCAGUCAGAAGAGCUGUGUGCUGCCAUUCCCAAUGGAUGAACUAUGCAAACCCUGAACACUGAAGACCUUGGCAGACCCCCUACCCCUAUGUAGCCAAGAUCUCAAACUACAACUAAUCAUGACUUGGAAGGCAGUGUAGGAUCUAUUUAUUGGUACAGACUUAAUCAUACUUUUCCUUCAUCAACCACUAAUCCUCUUUGGGGUGGGGGGGUAAUAAAAUAAUUUCCUACAGUUGUCAGCUAAACACUGGGCCACUUACCUCAACAUUAUACCAAGCUCUGGAUGGUCUGAUUCCCGGCCAUAAUAGCCUUUGUAGAAUUAGGAGAAUCAGAAGAUUUUCCUGUGGUGACAUGGUGACAUCAUCACUUACCUUUCUGCUGGACAGUAAAUACUAGUUUACAAAGACUACCAGUUUAGGGAAGGAUUCAGCUUGCCUCAACUUCACUGUGAAAUAGGCAUAUAUGUAUAUAUAUAUAUAUGCAACUCAGUUACCAUCUGGAAGUAACUUCAGAACAGAAGCUGGCUCUCUACUUAAAAUUUGCUUUCUCUGCUGGGGCCUUACCUUUUCCUACUUCCCAAUUUCCUUCCUAAAUGUGCUAAAAAUAUAGUCAGUAAGACUUAGAACUGAUGUCAUUUACUGGUUUUGGAGAAAAACCUUGUCUUUGGGUCAUCUAACCUCUUUUGGUGAAAGUUUCCAUUUAGGUAAAAAAGGUGUCAAACAACCUAAUUUUUUUGUAUCUUUAUACCAAAUAAAAGUUGAAAAUUCAAGAUCCCUUCCAAUUAAUAUCUAACCCAAAUAGAAAAAUUGAUUUUUAUCCUUGAAUCUUCCCUCCUGCUCCUCAUGGAUCCUUGGUCUUUAUUAUCAUGGAGAUAUCUAAUUCUUCGUUAUUCUGUGGCUUUUGCUGUGAUUGUGCAGAUUUCAGUUGAGACUUAUUGAAGUCUUGGAGACCUAACUGGUUUAUAAUAAAUUGGAAUAGUGGGGGUCUAAACUAGUAAGAAUAAGCUGUACAGGAAUUAAUGCUCAAUAUAUAUUGUAUAAAUUUAUUGAAAUCUUUUGGAUGUGAAUGUGUUAUUUCAAGUGGCUUAUAUUCUCUGAAAUUUGUUUGGGUGUUAAAACCAACCCAAAUGUGUAUUUUUUUGUUACAGAGCGCUGCUUUAUAAUUUUGUAAUAAAGUUUCAAUAUAGAUGCCUGUCCCAUCUGGUGUAAGAAUGACAGAUUGACAAAAGAAUUUGCAUGAUCUUGAGGUUGCAUUAUUUCUGGAGAUUGUUAGGCCAUAUGGCCUUGAUCAAGAUAUCCCUGUUCAGUAGACAAGAAAUUGAGGCUUAGUGUUGUUGUGACUUAUUGAAGAUCUCACAAUUAGGGUGGCAAGGCCAUGAACAUAGAAGGGGAUGGGGGCUGUGUAGGAAAGAACAAAAUCCUAAGACCAAGUAGGAAGGAACACCUAUUCCACUGAUGUCAGAGAUGUGCUUUGAAGAUGUGGGUAGGAAGAAACCUGAGCAUAGCCAGGUGUGCCCUUUUAUUAAUGUAAAGUCUCCAGGUGAGCCGAGGAGAUGGGUGGUGGCUUUGGAGGCUGCCAUGGUACAGGUGGAGUGUGGCUCAGAGGUUGGCCCAGCCCUGUAGAGAGUGCUGUGGGCAAUGUCACAAUGGGUGACAAGGGGAGGGAAGAGCAGUCCUGGAUUAUGUGCAGAUCUGCCCUGUGACUGAGAAGAAAUCUUGCACAAAGGGUGUAAAGGCCGAAGGUUGAGCCACAGCACUUUGUUUUCAUAGUUGUCAGUGGCCAACCCAUUGAGCACCCAGAGAUGACCUACUGUCCUGUCUGCUGCCGGUCAGCUGCAAGUAAUAGC